GGCUGAAACAUCGCGCGGCCCUCCCGGCAUCUCAGUGUAGUUGGCCUGUUGAGGGCUGCCCGCGAAAAGCCAAUGCUUGAGCUCGGGAGCCAUGCUCUCCGCUCUAUUUCACAGGCGAUUUCCUAUGCGCCGACGGCAGUGUCUUCUGUUCCAGACCGUGGCGAUCUUUCAGCGAUCGAUGGUGACGUAGAGGUCAUCUUCUUCGAUUUCGACGGCACCCUCACAGAGACUCCAGGCACCAAGGCUUCCCAUGCCGGCAAGCUGAGCGAGCUGUCCGAGAGGACUCCCAUGCUGCGGCCUCGUCUCCAGCGCUUGCGAGAGGCCGGGAUCAUGCUGGGGGUCAUCUCCAAGAGCACAGAGCAGACGGUCACCGGCGCCCUCCAAGAGACGGGAUUGAUUGAGCUCAUCAACGGCCCCAUCGUUGGCAAGGCUGCGAAGCUGGACGGCAAGGUGGGCAUCAUUCAGGACUUGUACGCGGAGGGCGGUAGCUUAGCUCACCUAGGCUCGGAAGCGUGGGAGAAGGCCCUGCUGAUCGACGACGACAUCUCAGAGCUUGUUUGGGCUCGCGACGUCGGCAUGCAGACCUUCGCCGCACCUGCACAGGGCGGGCUCCAAGAGGAGGACUUCCACGAGCUCUUCCGGGGCCUGGGGCUGCAGAGCGACCGGUCGGAAGGUGGCUCCAUGGACCCCACCACACCUUUGGCGCAGCCCAAGUGCCGGAAGCGGCUCCGGCCGGUGAGGCUCGAGGACAUCGCCUUUGAGGACGAGAAGAUUUGCAGCCUGUGGACGCAGGGCCUGGUUGGCCAGAAGCUCGGUCUGGAAGGAGGUGCGCGGAAGGAGUACGAGGACGAUUCCGCUCCGAAGCUGAUCGACCACUACGAGGUCACGGAGGAGCUGGGUGCCGGCGCUUUUGGCACCGCCUACGUGGGCCAUUUCCGGGCCUCGGGCAUGCAGUGCGCUGUAAAGCUGCUGGACAGAGAGCACGUGGGGCAGCACUACCACAAGAACUUUGUGGAGCGCGACAUGGUGUCGCUGCUGCUUCGCAUGGCGAAGGAAGCAUCGCACCCCAACGUGGUGCAGCUCCUCGACUCCUUGAUGAGCGAUGAGCAUUUCUUCGUGGUGAUGGAGCUCCUGGAAGGCCCAGACCUGUUUGAGCACCUCAGCAGCUGCAACACUGGCGCGUUGACAGAAGAGCACGCCCGCUUUAUCAUCCAGAACUCGCUGUCGGCUUUGGCCCACAUCCAUGCAGUGUGCGGAGUGGGCAUCAUCCAUCGGGAUGUGAAGCCUGAGAAUUUGAGAUUCCGCAGCAAGGAUCCGGAUUCCGAGCUUGUACUGGUGGAUUUCGGGCUGUGCUGCCCUGCCUCAGAGAUGGAGAAACGGACCAUCGUGGGGACCUUGCUGUAUGUGGCCCCGGAGGUGUUCUCGAGAAGGUAUGAUGCCAAGGCGGAUCUGUGGUCACUGGGUGUUGUGCUCUACAUUCUCCUCACUGGCCGGCCUCCUUGGAAACAGAAUGUUAACGUGGGCUUCGUGCCCAGCAAGAAGGUUUUAAACGGUGAAGCCGCGCAGCUUGCUUUGGGUGCCAAGGAGCUGGAGGAGACACCCCUGGCGCGGGAGCUGCUGGAAGGCCUCCUGGUUGUGGACCCCGACCUUCGCCUCGGCGCCAAGGAGGCGUUGAGAUGUCGAUGGCUUGGCACAAGCCCAGCCAUCGAAGCUGAAGCUUCUCCGAAGCUGCUCUCGGCCAACAGCAUGUCCUUCAGCACGGCCUCAAAGUACAGCCACAAGACGCCGAAGAGGGUCACCUACGCCGACCAGGCCGAGGAGGAUGAUAAUGACAACCGCGGAGAACAUGAACUGGAGCCUUCCGGCCCUGGGAUUCGCUUCGAGCAAGUGAGCUUGGGCCAAGCGUGCCCUUCGUGAGCUUGGAGCCAGACCUCCGUUUUGCUUCCUUU